GUUUCCGCCGAAGGGGCGGAGCUCUUGUCUGCAGAAAUUUGACAGAGGAAGUGGCCGUCCAGCACAGCGUCCUCUGGACUUUGGUUCGUUCUCUUGUUGACAAACAGCUCCUCCUUCCCCAAAGCACCCUAGAAUAAAGAGAUGCCAUGGCAACAGAGGGGGAGCCGACCGACUUGAUCAAGGUGUUGCACCUGCUGCUGCUCUCCUUCACCUGGGGCAUGCAGGUGUGGGUCUCCUUCAUCGGAGGUUUCGCCCUGGUGAAGCAGGUAACGCUGCACACCUUCGGCUUGGUGCAGAGCAAGCUGUUUCCUGUAUACUUCUACUGCCUGCUGGGGAGUAACUUUGCCAGCCUGGCUGUGUAUGCCGUGUACCACCCCAGAGAGUUGCUGGACUGGCAUGAAAGUGUGCAGAUGGGCAUGUUCUUCGUGGCGCUGAUCGUGGCAGGCCUGAACGCUCAGUGGUUCGGCCCAGCAGCCACCGAGGUCAUGUUUCAGAUGCGGGCCGUGGAGGAGGAGCACGGCCUGGGGAACCAGGUGGGCCUGGGCAGCCAGAGGGAGGAGUACGCCAAGCUGAAGGAGCAGGACCCAAAGUACGGAGCCUACAGGAAAACGUUUGGCCGUUACCACGGCCUGUCCAACCUCUGCAACCUGAUCGGCUUCAUCUGCGUCACGACCAACCUGGUCUACACGGCUCUCAAACUGUCCACCAUCUAAAGGAGGGGGGGGGGAAUGACUGGGGCCUCGGGUCCGCAGACAUCCCUGCACUGCCUCCGCCUCGCAAAAAGUAUAAACGUUUUCCCGUUUUGUCACCGUUCGACCACAAACGUCAGCGUGGUUACUUGGGAUUUGAAUGUGAUAGGCCACCACAAAGUAGUGCAUAGUUUUGAAGUGGAAGUUUCAUGUAGAGCACGGAGUACAACUGGAAGACGGUGCUCCGGUUAGAUUAAACCAAAUUUGAACUUCUAGCCUACAUGCAAAACACCAUGCGUCAGAAAACUAAGACUGCACAUCACCCACAACACACCAUCCCCGUAGUGAAACAAGGUGGUGGUAGCAUCAUGCUGUGGGGGUGUGUUUCUAAUUAAAAACCAUGUAUCCUCUUUCUAUUGUACUCUGUUCACAAUCAUGCACUACGUUGUGUUGACCUAUCACAGGGGUCACCACGCCUGUUCAAAAAAAAAAUAUAUAUAUAUAGCACAACCUUCCAGUGAGCUGCAUUUAAAAUGCUAUUUUAUUCAGUUGCUCUUCCUUUGUAAUCAUACUUGUAUUGUACUUGUAUGUAGAUUUAAAGAUGACAUAUAAAAACAUUUAUAUUGCGUUAAGAGAUGGUCAGAAUGAACACUUGAAUGUAGACUCACUUAUGCUGUAGGUAGUCAAGAAUAGGAAAGGUGUUUUUGUGAUCAGAGCAAACACGGGACGGGAGAGCUAAUGACACUAUGCUGACCUAAGCAGUAUUUAUUAAACAAACAUGCCGUCGAUGCCUACUUAACUGACUUUUUUAGUUUGGAAAAUUAGGUCCAUUCUUAUUUGUAUUUUAACAGUCACUAAAAGGCCUUUGAAUGUAUAACUGCAUGCAGCCUGUGUGUUGUUGGAACGGGCUAGUUUAUCUUUGUAGUUGUGUUGUGUCCACAGCAGAUGGCGAUACUUACCCACAAUGUUCCACCCCUUUUCUGCAUUUCAAUUCUGCUAUUGUUGCAUCUGACUGGAAUCAACACUGUGAAUAUAGCAAUAAACAGAAGGUUUCUCUAUUCUUUCCCUUUGGAGUUGCAGAAUCUGUUAAACGGA